AUGGCUACACAGAAUUUAGAACCCAUACAUGUCAUAGACACCAAGGACAAGAUCGAUGACAAAAGCCCUCUUCUUCUUGGUGCCUUCUUCUUGCUCUUCUUAUUCUUCUUAACUUUCUUCUUUGCAUACUUUCUCUAUGUCUGCACCCAUCGCGGCCGUGCCAGCGGCAGCUUCACCACCAAUCCCUCGAUAUCUCCGCCGGGCCUCGACACCACCGUCAUCAGCAGCCUGCCAAUGUUUUCAUAUGGAUCAAGUUCCGAUGGCAAAAAUUCAAGCCCAGAAUCGGAGUGUGCAAUUUGUCUAGGCAUGUUUCAAGAAGGAGAAAAGGUGAAGAUUUUACCUAAAUGCCACCAUGGUUUUCAUUCAGAAUGUGUUGACAAGUGGCUCAUAACUCGUUCAAGUUGUCCUCUGUGCAGAGCCUCAAUUCAAGUAGACUCAAUGUGCCAUGGCCAUGGUGACUCGGAGAUUCCAUGA